AUCUUGAACAACAGAUGGCACUUACAUUCGGAAGUUAUUCUGAGGCAUGGAUGAUGAAAUGUUCGACAGUUUAAAGCAUUUACCUGAAGUCCAGGAACAAAAACCGAAAAGAAAAGUAUGCGAUAGAUGCAAACGUCCCACUUCUGUGUGUUGGUGUUCAUUCUUACCAGAUCCGAGAUUAGAAACCAAGUCAACUGUUUAUGUUUGGCAGCAUCCGUACGAACAAAAAAGACCUUUAAGUACUACCCCCAUGCUCAAAGAAGGACUUGGUCCAUCGAAAUGUCACAUAUGGAUAGGUCGUCAUUUAAGCGAAGGAAAAUUCCCAAAAGUACGCGAAAUUCUUGAAAGUCCUAAUACAAUUCUACUUUGGCCAUCUCCAGAUUCUAUCGAUGUAUCUGAACUUGAUAAAGAUGUACCUUACAAUAUCAUACUUAUAGACGGAACUUGGUUUCAAGCUCGAUCAUUAUAUAAAAGUCAUGAAGAUUGUUUCCGAAAUAUAAGAAAAGUUCAAGUAAGCAGUGAUAAAUUGAGUAAAUACUUGAUUAGAACCCAACCUUCCGAUAAUUGUUUCUCAACUCUUGAAACUGGUGCCUUAACUCUAUCAAUUCUGCAAAAUGAGCCAAAGAUUUACGAAGAACUAACUAGACCAUUAGAUGCUCUUUGUCAAUUUCAAAUUGAUCAUGGAGCAACUAAACACGAUAGUAAACAAAGUCAAGAAAAUCUCUACGAAUUGCCGUACGAAGGAUAUGGUCGCAGGAAAGGAAGUGGUAAACCAAAAUGGCUAAGACUAUUGAAAGAAACAGCCAGCUUAAAAUUAAAAGAUCAACCAGAUGCUGAUGAAAACGAAGAUAAAAGUGAUGACUUAACGAAUUAA